GUGGUAUGAGUGUUAAGCAAUUUGAGUUAAAUAUUGCAAUAAUUUUCUAAGCGACGGAUGUAUAAAUUCAAUUUGUAGUGACGAUAUUAGUUCCAUGACAUUCGGGAGCCUUCUGGUGCUUCUAAUUACGGUACUUAGUCGCUUAAAGUUUAAACCAUUUGAAGAGGUGGUUUAACUUAGUCCGCUACUUUAGUCAUCUCUAGAGGGUAGCAGCUGUUACUUUGUGUUCGUUGCAAUUGAGAACAGAGAGGGACCUGCGCUGCCGCCAGUGCCUGCUAUCAGCACACAGUGCAGUGCUGAGGUGUCACUGCAGCUGAAGAGAAUGGAACUCUUCUCCUUCCUCGGGAGCAACAUCCUCACUCUGCUGCUGAGUUUGUUGUUCCUUGCACUUCUCUGGAGGAGCCGCAGCAAGCAAAGUCAGCCCAGCAGGCUGCCCCCGGGGCCAGCUCCAUGGCCCUUCGUGGGCAGCCUGCUGCAUGUGGACCUGAAGCAGCCCUACAGGUCCUACCUGAAGCUGAGCCAGCAGUACGGCCCGGUGUUCACAGUGUGGCUGGGCAGCAAGCCAGUGGUGGUGCUGUCCGGCUACAGGACCCUGAGGGACGCCUUCGUCAGUCAGGGCGAGGAGUUCAGUGGCCGAGCCAACUACCCUAUACUACAGAAGGUGACGGACGGAUACGGGGUGCUGGUGAGCAGUGGGGACAGAUGGAAGGAGCUCAGAAGAUUUUCCAUCAUGACGCUGAAAAACUUUGGGAUGGGGCGGCGCAGCAUUGAGGAGCGCAUCCAAGAGGAAGCCAAGUGCCUUGUCAAUGCCUUUGCAGAGCACGGGGAUUCAGCUUUCAACCCUAAAUUCCUGCUGUGCAACGCUGUAUCCAAUGUAGUUUGCUCCAUUGUUUUUGGAAAGAGGUUCGACUACCAUGACAGCCAGUUCAAGAGUCUUCUGAAUGUCAUUGACAACUAUUUCACUUUCCUGAGCAGCUCCAGAGGGCAGCUGUACAACAUGUUUCCCCGGGUCUUCGAACGCCUGCCAGGCCCUCAUCACCUGGCGCUCGGGGGGGUCCGGAGGCUCAGAGAGCUCAUCAGAGAGGAGGCCCUCCGUCGCCUCGGCGACCUGAACGCAGACGAGCCCCGAGACUACAUCGAAGCCUUUCUGGUCAAGAUGCAGGAGGAGAAGCACAAUCCGAACUCUACAUUUAACUAUGACAACUUGACGAGCAGCGUGUGGAAUCUGUUCUCUGCUGGGACUGAGACCACCUCCUCCACACUGAGACACACCCUUCUCCUCAUGCAGAAGUAUCCCAAUGUUCAAGCGCGGAUUCAGAAGGAGAUCGAUGAGGUGAUUGGCCCCCUGCGUAGCCCCACGGCCCAGGACAGACAGAACAUGCCUUACACUGACGCCGUUGUCCACGAAAUCCAGCGCUCCUUGGAUCUCUCGCCUACCUCUGUCCCCCACAAAGUGCUAAAAGACACUGAGUUCAAAGGCUAUACCAUUCCCCAGGGCACAAUGGUCAUUCCUCUUCUGUCUUCGGUGUUGUCUGACCCCGAACUGUGGAAACACCCAGAUACCUUUGACCCUGAGAACUUCCUGGACGAGAAGGGAAGCUUUAAAAAGAAUGAUGCCUUCCUUGCAUUUGGACUCGGGAAGCGCGUCUGUCUCGGGGAGGGACUGGCUCGAAUGGAGCUCUUCCUGUUCUUCACAUCCCUUCUCCAGAAGUUCACCUUCACCGGCACAGAGCCCCCAGAGCAGAUCGAAACCAACCCCCAGUACUGCAGCUUCGGGAGGAUGCCACGCACCUACCAGUGCUACGCCAGGCUCAGGGCUUAGUGGAGCUCAGGGUGCGUGGCACACUCACGCCGUGGGCUGCUGACACACCCUCUCUCCCAGCACACACAUUCCCAGAAUUCCCUGAACGAGCCUGGGUUUGAGCCCUUUCCGAGUCAAGAACAUUUACUGCAGGAGACUCUCAGUAAUAUCACAGAAAAACAAGUGUCACCCACACUAUCAUGUUAUAAAAACUAACCUUUCUUCUUAUGAAACUGUCCCCCAAUAAAUACAAGUUACUAUUG